AUGGGAGGCAGCUUAUUGCGGUCGUGGAUAGACUCUCUGUGGUCAAGAAUACUGUCGAUCUUCCUGUUCCAAAAAGAGCUCAGUAUCGCUAUUAUUGGGUUGCAAAACUCGGGCAAGACUACUUUAACCCACAUGCUGGGGGGCAGGCCCUUUGAGCAGGAUACAGUUCCAACUUUGGGAAUCCAGGUAAGCCAGUUUUCACUUGAGAAUAGUCUUAUCAAGGUCUAUGAUCUGGGGGGGCAGACCAGGUUUCAAUCGCUGUGGGAAAGAUGCUUCAGUAAAGUAGACCUCAUAAUAUACAUGAUAGACCUAAGUGAUACUAUGACGUUGGAUGAAUCCUUUGAGAAGCUUUCGAAAGUGAUGCAGAUGACCCAGGAAGAUCGGAUUCCAAUGCUGGUAAUAGGUAACAAGAUAGACUUAAUUCAAGAACCGAAAGAAAAGCAAACCAUUGCAACAAUACCGACUUACAACUACGAUUCCAGUGAAAGGCUUCGAAUAGAUUCUACGAAUUCCCAUUUGUUGAAGAAUGCUGAUGUCCUGACCCGCCAAGUGGGUGUCGAUCUCAAGAAUCGACAGUUGCACAUUCCUUUACGAUCGUCAGAGUCGCAAGACAUCGAUGUGUUGCCUCUGAACAGGGAUAUAGCCGUGUUCACCAUGAGUUGCAGAAACGGGCUCUGCAUCAGUAACGUAAUAGACUGGAUUGUGCAACUUUGA